UCAGAAGCACAUGAUCGUACAUGAUGCAAUUAAUGAACAGCCAUUAUGACCUUGAUGUUUGUAACGGUUGAAGCGAUCAGUGAGAGAAAAUAAAUAGUGCUUAGCCUUUGUAAUAACUUACGACGAAGGGAAUAUAAUAAUACAUGUAGGAACUCUGUAUUAAAAAUUUUCACUUAAGAUGUUUAAUAUUUUUGGAAAAAAGCUUACAGUCGAAGAACAGCAACGCGAAACUGAGAGAUCACUCAGAAAAGUUGGGCGCGACAUAGAACGUGACAGGAGAGGACUGGAACGAGAAGAAAAGAAAUUAGAAUUGGAAAUUAAGAAGUUGGCAAGGGAAGGCAACAAUGAAGGAUGUAAAGUUCUAGCAAAGCAACUUGUACAGUUGAGGAAACAAAAAACAAGGACAUAUUCUGCAGGUAGUAAGGUUCAGAGUGUUGGUGUGUCCAAUAAAGUACUGGGUGCUAACAUGAAGCUAGCAAAUGCAAUGAACGCUACUUCCAAAACAAUGGCAGAUAUGAACAAAAUAAUGAAGCCAGAGCAGGUUGCAGCUGACAUGCGGGCCUUUGGCCAAGCAUCCAUGAAGUUGGAUAUGACUGAUGAAAUGAUAAAUGAUACAUUGGACGACAUGUUGACGGAAUCAGGUGAUGAAGAGGAGGGUGAUAAGGUUGUGCAACAAGUCCUGGAUGAGAUUGGUAUUGAGAUUUCUGGCAAGAUGGCUGCAGCACCAGCCGCUCAUCGUGGAAAACUUGGCGAGAGCUCUAAAUCACAGCUUCCAACAGAUGAAGAAAUAGAAGCUCAGCUCGCAAAGCUGAGGUCAUAGCUCCAAUUUUGCAGUGAGCUGUUUCUACAGUUGUUAUGCCCUGAAGCCAGGUGAAUGGUAUGUGUAACCCUUAAACUGAAUAAAACAUUACAUCUCCUUUCUUGAAAGGAUGGUUUACAUCCUAUAAAAAUAUGAAGAGUCUUUUUAUUUAUGUUAGUGAACACACAAAGAAACUUUCAAAAUUGCUACAGGGACCAAAUCAGGCGAUUUAAACAAGAUUUCUAGUGUUGUGGUUCCUGAAUUACUGGAGGGAUAAGGGUUAACACUGUUUUGAAAUUUGAAAUGUGAAUUAUAGUGUCUAAAAUAGGAGUGUUAUAUCCUUGGAUUUUGUUGCAUAAAUGAAAUGUUGAUCGUGAGUGUUUUAUAAAGAACCAUGCAGCGUAGGAAACUAAACUACUUGUUUCGACUUAGGGCAUCAGUGAUUAAUCUGCUACAAAUUUAUGUUCCUUUAUCUUCUGUAGUUGUGAGUAAUUUAUGUUUUGUCCUUUUUGAAGGCAUCUCCUUUGAACCUAGAGAUGUAGUAAUCCCUAAAAAAUGUUAUCACUUGGUAAAUAAAUUGGCAAGAAAAAUCUAAUUUGAAACAUUCUUACUGAUCGAAUACAGUGUAAUUGGAUUUUAAAUUUAUUUUCAUUUAACCUGAAGGUGUCAUGAAAAAUAAACUGUAAACUUUCUGAAGUCCAGUACAACAGAAGAUUCUGUAUGUUUCCUGUAAAAAUAUGUGGUCAUAUAAAAAUAUAAUAAAUAAG